UCAGUGAAGGAUAAAUAUAUCCUCCUCCUCCUCCUCUUCCUCCUCUUCCUUACGUUGUGUCCGCAACAUCUCGGCUGGCUGAGGCUGACUGAUCGCAGCGGCAGCCGCAAAGCCGCACAGGACGGAUGGAUUAGUCUCCUUGCUGUGGCUGCCACUCUCUGGACUUCUUUUCCUUUUUAUUUGCUGCUCCAACAAGUGUUCCAGCUUCCAGAUUCACCAUGGGGAUCAAGGCUGCUCUCCCCAGAUAUGAGCUCUUUCUCUACUCCGCUGUGCUUGGGGUGGCACUGAUAUGGGCUGGCAGUUGGAUAUCUGAAGCCUCAAGUGAAAAUGUGAACAAAAAGACCUUCAAAGAAAGUGUGAAACCAGGAUGGCAUUACUUUGGAAGGAAAAUGGAUGCAGCGGAUUUCGAGUGGAUGAUGUGGUUCUCCACGUUCCGGAAUCACAUCCUCUUUGCUCUCGUUGGUCAUGUGAUCUUUGCCAAGAUCUUUACAAUCAUCGCUCCAAAGCACAGAUCCCUGAUCUUUGGCAUGUACGGCGGCUUGGCGGUCCUGGUCACAAUGGGCUGGACCUUCAUGGCUCUGGUUCUGUCUCACUGCAUUAUACUCUACAGUGUUGCUCUGGUCAAGAAGAAAUGGAUGUGCUUCGCUGCAGGCUUGAGCACACUGGCCUCCAUUAAGCUGGAGCCAUAUAACAGCUGGCAGGAGGCGUUGGUGACUGGCUCUUUUGAUCUGCAAGAUGUCCUGUUUUAUGGAGGCUGUGGCUUCAGCAUCAUGCGCUGUAUGAGCUUUGCUUUAGAGAACUGUGAGAAGAAGGAUGGCAACUACACAUUCUGUGAUCUGCUAAAGUACAACUUCUACCUCCCAUUCUUCUUUUUUGGUCCAAUCAUGACUUUUGACCGCUACCAUGUCCAGGCAAACAACACUCAGCUUACUCGUAAGGAGAGGGAGAUGUGGAACAUCACCACCAAGGCUUUGCUACACCUGGGGGUCAUACUGGUGGUGGAUGUCUUCUUCCACUAUCUCUACAUCCUGACGAUUCCCAGUGACAUGAAGCUGGUCACCAAGCUGUCUGACUGGUGUCUGGCUGGAUUGGCCUAUUCCAACCUGGUGUACGACUGGGUGAAAGCAGCUGUGAUGUUUGGCGUUAUCAACACUGUGGCCACUCUAGACCACCUGGACCCCCCUCAGCCUCCCAAAUGUAUCACCAUGCUCUACGUCUUCGCCGAAACGCACUUUGACAGAGGCAUCAACGACUGGCUCUGCAAGUACGUCUAUGACUACAUCGGAUGCGAUCACGACAACAUCUUCAAAGAACUUCUCGCAACAAUCUGCACCUUUGCAGUCACCACCCUGUGGCUGGGGCCAUGUGAGCUGGUGUACAUUUGGUCGUUUUUCAACUGCUUUGGCCUCAACUUUGAGCUGUGGGUGGCCAAAUUCUUCUCCCUUCCACCAUUUUCUAUGAUAGAGGGAAGUAUGGGUGAAGCUAUGUCUCGCAGGAUUAGAGGAGUUUUCAAUGCCGCCAACUUCUGGGCCAUUGUUCUCUACAACGUUCUGUCUCUGAACAGUUUGGAGUUUGCUAAAACUGUGGGCAGAAGACUGAUUUUCAAAGGAUUUCCGCUGUCAACGCUGUCUGUGCUGUUUGUCACCUACUGUGGUGUGCAGCUGGUGAAGGAGAGAGAGCGGCAGCAAGCCCUGCAAGAGGAACCAGAGCCUGCGACGCCCGUGGAUGGUGCCAAGGAGAAGGCAGAAUAGUCAGGCAGGAAGAGAAAACAAGAGUUUUUCAGGCUUCUCGGUGUUACAGGGCCUUGUAUGAUUCCAUCCUCGGCUCUGACAACAGUGAUAGAACCAGAUGGGAUGCCCGCCAGCAUCUCUGCUGUUCCUUAACCGGCAUUUUAGCUUUUGCUGCCAGAAGAAAAAUGAUAUUUUAAUUAUCCCGAAGUGCACUUGCUGUUGAUAAUCAACACAUCCUGUGGUACAAAAAGUGCAUUUUGUAUUUCUAUUUAACAAAAAAGUGUAUAUUUUCUCUGGUUACAAGCCAGCAAAACUUUAUUCUAAAAUACAAAAACUUUCCUUUUGAAUGAUUGUCAACACAUUUAGUUUUAUCAUGUUUUAAUUAACCAUUUGUUGUAUUUAGUUUACCUUUAUUGUCACAAUUGUCAAAUCCACAGACAUAUAAAGCUUGAAAACAACUAACCCUUGUGCUAUCCUGGUCAAGAUGAACAUUGACAUGUUCUCCCUACCAUGACAAAGGUGGAUAAAGGUGGAAAGAUUUCACGUUAUCUAUGGACUCCAGUGAUGAUCACAAAUCAUUAUAAAAAAUAAAAGGUUUAGCGCACUGUCUUGUGCGUUUAGAUGACCCCACUCCCAAUGUUAAAGUCCCUAGGAUAGCACAAGGGCUAACAAACAGAAUGUAAUAAGAAAACCAAAGAAAAGGUGCUCAACAAGUGUCAAAACUGUAUGUUAACUUUGAGUAUGUGUUAUGUCAAGGUGUUAACGAACCGAGUGUACUUGAGUCCCUGUCCAGAAAGUCAUUGUUUUAUUCCAUAGGAAGCCAUUUCUAGGAUACUAACCUAUGUCUUUUGAUAAGAAAGGCAAAACUCCCUGGAGAGAAUGUGGGUCACCUUUGACCUGCUUGUCGUUCAAAGCUAGUCAUUGUCUUUAGUGUAGCAUGCAACAUAAUAAAGAUUCUAUUGUGUUUUACUCUAUUUUUUCCAUAAAGUUAUUUUAAUUUAAGACCUUUCGCUUGAAAUAAAGAUUUUUUUUUGUCUCGCAAAGCA